GUCCAUUCACACCGCGUCAUCAAUCAAUCAGCCGGCUACGCAAGGAGAUGACCAUGAGCAAGUAGCGACAGAUCAACACGCUACAUCGGUCCGUUUGAGCUACAUUGGUCUCUGCCAUUGGCUCGGUGCCGUGGCAUCUAGCUGUCCUGCAGCCUCCUUCUCUUGGCCUCCCUCUCCACACCCUCACCUGACACAUUGAGGCAGACAUCACAGCCAUGACGCACACAAGGAAUGCAUGUGUGUCGCCCUGAUCUGGCUCCUCCCCUGCCCCCAUCUCACCCUCUUCAUCCUCCUGCUGCUGCUGGCGGCCGUCGCCAUCGCCCUCGCCGUCGAUGUCGUUAAACUCAUCCUCAUCCGCACCCUCCUCUGCACACACACACACGCCGAUUCAUCCGACCGACAGACCGAGGUGGGGGCGGCCGCCUGCACACUCACCCUCAUCAGCGACUUUCUCCUGUCGGUUGACCACCAUAUCUGCGAUGGUGCUGCCCAGCGGGCCGCCCACCAGAGGGGCGGUGGCGGGCCGGCGGUCCUUGAAGGCAGCCGAUGGAUCACCUACUGGCGGCUCGGUGGUGACGACAGAAACAAACACUGAACAGCACACGUCAAAGGAUGGCUCAAUCACCAGAGGAUCUCUGACCCGCACCCUACCUGUGUCCGUGUUGGCGAAGGUGCCGAGAGUGAUCGAUGCGACGAAUGGGCUGUCGAACGGCGUCAGCAGCAGAAUCCGAGCCUCUGCAGGGGGAUCCCUAUCGUCCCACCUGCUCGCCACGACGGCGGUGCACCGGUCGGGGGGCUGGUGGGGCGACUGGUUGAGGAGGCCGUGCAGCACACCGCCGUGAGCAUGCCUGACGAGACCAACACAUAACAGAGGGAAGAGGCCCUGAUGGAUGGAUGGAUCGUUGUGCGUCUGUUUGAGUGUCGUGUUUCCUGCGUACCGGUCCACAGCAACCCAUGGCGUCUUGCCCCAAUUCGCCACUGGAGACUCCGCCAGGAUGACCCUCAUGACGAACGCCGACGCCGAGGCAUCAGUGGUUUCCUCAUCAGUCGUCCAACUGCCCCCCUGCCGGUCGAUUGUGGAUCUGACGGGGGGGUUGUCGUUGAUGGCGUGUGUUUGGUAUGCGUGGGCGGGGUGGAGGGGCGGGUUGAUGUCCAGCUCGAAGCCCGGCUCGUCCUUGAGGGCACGCACACCGCCGCCCGGCUGGUCGAACAGCUCACAACGGCCCAACUGGCCGCCGAAGUUGACGUGUCGUGUCUGCCGACCAUCUUCCACAAACCAAUCACACGCACAUCCGCCAAAUACGCCUACACAGACAGACAGACAGACAGACAGACAGACAGACCGAUGAGUGCCACCCCCCCGCCCCACGCUCAUCUGCCCACCUGUUUGCUAUCGUGGCGCUGCAGGUCGGCCACAGCCACUGUGAUGGGCAGCUGGCAGUAGCCUUUCUGCGCCGCCAACUUCAGCGCAUUGGUCACCUCGGUCCACUGCUGCGUCUCCACCAGCCAGAUGGCCUUCAACACGAGCUUGGUCUCCAGCUGCAAAUCGAAUGCGAUGAUGCCGUCGAGCUGUUUGGCCGCCAGGCAGCGCCCCAGCCGGUUGCGGAGGACGGCAGCCGAGAAGUCGAUCUGCCUGAGGAAUGUCGCUGCGCAUCGGAGGCAGCCGACAUCCCUCUGUUCGUGGAAGGCAUCUCGCUCCUCGCGAUGGAUGAAAUCUAUCGCUUCGUUGACUCUUGUCGGCGGGAUGGGCUGCCGGCUGCUGGGUACUGUCACAUCAUUCCCCAUUCUCCAAUUCGAUAAUCCCCAAAAUCCUG